UAUCCUCUCGAGUAAGGGGCGUGGUCCACAGUCUAUAAAGCAAAAUGACUACAACUGAAGCAAACUCUGUUUUUGAGGAGCCUCCCGCUCCACAAAGACUUGAACAUGAUCCAGAAGAUCAAGAAGAGGCCAUUCCCCCUCCUGAGCAAGUGGGUCCUCCACCAGAAGCUGGGAGAACCUGUGAUCCAUUUAUUGACAGGUUUCCGAGUAUGAUGAAUCAUGACAACAUAUCUGCAGUCCUGGAUGAGCAAGCACACAUGAUGUCAGUGUUUGAGGUCACCAAUGAGAAGUUAGCGAGUGUGAACAGAAUAUCAGAGCGCAGUUACUUCAACACGUCCGUGGAGCUACGACAGACCACCAAAACACUGGUCACCAUGAAGAAGGAACUGGACUCCAUUUUCAGGAGAAUAAGGUCUCUUAAGUCAGCUGUGGCUAGCCAAUACCCUGAGGCAUGCUCUCAGGCACUGGAGCAGCUGCACAGUGAAGCCACCCUACAGGACGAGGACUGACGUACUGAGUGAUGUGAUUGGAUUGAGAGAGAGAGUGUGGAGACAAGGGCAACUUAAGAGGAACUAUAUAAUAUACUGUGUCCUGCUGCUUUGGCUGUGACAGAAGUUUGUAUAAUUAUAAUCAAACAAUAAUUUUUUAUGUUCAUGUAGUAUUCAGUACAUCCCAUGGUGUAAUGUGGUUAUUCAUGCGGCAAUAAUUUAUAUAAUUAUAAUGAA